CCUAUCCUUGGAAGAGGAGUAAACCUGAGUUCUGAAGCCACUUGAGUCGUCCUGCUUUUAUCGUGGACGAGAGCACGACUCCCGGCUACACUGAGACACUUUCUUCACCAGGACCAUGGCUGAAAGACUUGAGGAUGAGCUCUGCUGUCCGACCUGUCUCAACAUCUUUAAAGAUCCUGUAAUGCUGAAGUGUAGUCAUAGCUUCUGUCGCGCAUGCGUGAAGCAGUGGUGGAAGCAUAAACAAGGUCUUUCGUGUCCAGUCUGUAGGAAAAGUUGUCUACCGAUGGAUGUAUCUUCUAACUUGACACUGAAGAACGUGUGUGAGACCUUUACAAAAACCUCUUUGGAGUCAGAGACCAUGUGCAGUUUGCACAAGGAGAAAAAAAAACUCUUCUGUUUGGACCACCAGCUGUGCGUGUGCCUCAUCUGCAGAGACACACAAAUCCACAUUGGCCACAAAUUCUGUUCCCUCGAUGAGAUUGCACAGGAGCAGAAAGAGAAAUUUGAGAACCCCCUGCAAAAAGUGAAGGAAAAACUGGCAGAGUUCACUGAAAUCCGAAACAACUGCAGUGAACAAGCAGAGUACAUCAAGGUCCAGAGGGACCUGGUUGAAAGCAAUAUUAAGAAGAACUUUGAGGAGCUUCGGCACUUUCUCCAGAUUGAGGAGCAGGCCAAGUUGUCUGCUCUGAAGGAGGAAGAGCAGAAGAAGAGUCAGAUGAUGAAGGAGAAGAUAGAGACUCUCAGCAGAGACAUGGCCACUCUCUCAGACCUGAUUCGAACCACAGAAAAGUGGGUGACCUCUAACCAUGUUUCCUUCAUGAACAACUACCAGAUUGCAAUGACCGCAAUCCAAGAACUGCCCGACAAGCCCGUGCUGCCCCCAGGAGCUCUGCUGGAUGAAGUCAAACAUCUGGGCAACCUCAAGUUCACCGUGUGGGAACGAAUGAAGGAGAUGGUGUCCUAUAGUCCUGUGCUUUUGGACCCAAACACGGCCUCUGCGCAUUUCAGCCUGUCUGAAGAUUUGACCAGUGUGAGUUUAAAUGUCGAAAAGCAGCGUCCAAUGAAUCCAGAGAGGUAUCAGUCCUGGAACCGUGUCCUCGGUUCCGCUUUGGACCCGGGAAAACACAUCUGGGAUGUUGAGGUGGGAGACAACGCAGACUGGCUACUGGGAGUCGUAUGGGGGGACUCUUGUUUGCCACAUAGCUCCUUUGUAUGGGGCAUUAGAUUUAAUAACAACAAAUACCAAAUUUGGUCACUACCAUAUCCAUCCAAGAAUCUGACAGUCAACGUGAAAGUGCAGAGGGUCCGAGUUCAUAUAGACACGAACACAAGGUCGCUUUCAUUCUCUGAUUCUCAUACAAACACUGAAUUAUACACACGCAGCAACAUUCCCAAUUGGCCAAAUUUGUCUGGUAAAAGGACAAUGUAUCCUUACUUUUACACUAAUGAUAAAGAUCCUCUGAAAAUAAUACCACUUACACUUUGUGUUAUGACCCAAAUUCAUAAAUGAGUUGAAAUCAUGCAUUGAAAUCUGAUGUCAGAAUGUGCGAAAUAUUUUCUCCCACAAUUUUUUUUUACACAGUGAAAAAAAAAAUCAUAUUAAAGGUCCCCUUCCAUCAAUGUUUUAAAUUUUAUUUUUAUAAUCUUUGAUGUACUUUUACCAAGUUUGCAAAAAUUAUUUGGGGUGGAAAUGCCCUAAAUGUCCUUUUUCAAGCUAUUCCAGAUGGCUAUUUCCCCCUGGCAUUUGAAACAAGACUCCUUCCUUAUUUUGCGACAUCCAAUCAGAGCAUCUACCCCAAUUUCAAAAUGGAAAACAGCUUGGCUUCUGCUAGCUUAGGGUGGCUAAGCAUUCAUAGUGACAUGUGGUGUUCUUCGCAGUUACUGAUGCAUACUGUACGCGCAUUCGCUUCAUUUGCCCCACAUCGAUAGGAUCCUACCUCCUCGGUCCUCUAUAGAGCGGAGAGUCGGUGCACUCCCAACGCCCCCCGUCAACAGGAUUUCUGACAAGAGGUAGAUCAAUUGUGAAAAUGAAAAGCGCAAUGACGAUCGCUGGUGACAAUGCAUGACUCGCUAUUUCAGCCACCGGGUACUCUGAAAUAUAGUUUUGUUGUAAAACACAACAUUGGUAGUGUAUACUUAUACACUAGGCACUGUAUUUGUAUGGCUGAGACUCAUUUGCUUAAAACCCGGAAAUGGGGUGUUGUCGUUCACUUGAGUUGAGUGGGCGGGCACGUACUUGAAUAAUGAGUUCACUUUUUAAUUGCACAAAUACAUGCAAAUCUGAAGAGGUCGUUUUGCAAGCCUUAUGCGCUUAGUGUCUUUUGCAGUCAGUCAAUAAACCAUAUAGACAACAACUUAAAACAUGGACCUAUGUUAUGCAUAAAAGAGUAGAAAAAAAUGGAUUAUGAUGGAAGGGUACCUUUAAGGAUUUAGACUGUGUAAGAAAAAACUAUCUGAGUUAAUAAUCUCUCUGUUGUGUUUUUAAUGAGCUGCAGACUUGUAUUGUUCACAAUGAUUACUGGAUACACGGUUCUUCAAUUACGUUAUUUGUAACGUGGUUAACGCCAAGUGUCAACUAUCCAUUUACAGUUACUGUACUAUACUUUUUGAAUGUACUUUUUUUUUUUUAAACCUGUUCAGCUGCAUGGCCAUGCAGAAUGGUGGAUCUGUAUGUCUUGUGCAACAGGAGAAUUUUAAAUACUCUCUGCUUAUUUUUUAAUUUUUGAAUUAUUCGGAUGUUAUUGAAAAUGCAGCCGGGCAGAAAAGAGUUUUGGGGGACAGAUAGAGGGACAGGACAGAUGAGGGGAAUAGGGGUGCGGAACCACAGCAGAAUAGUUAGCCAGUCUAGCUAUAACAAGCACAAGUAAUGUUACAACAGCCAAAACCGUGUUAUUUGUGGAUGGGGGCGAAGCCCGGUGAGGACAUGAAACAACUAAUCCAAUAAGAGAAGAUGAAAGAAGACAGAAAAAGGCAGGACGGGACAGGAUGUGGGAAAUGAGCAAGGGAGUGCUACUGAUGAGUGGUGCGGUGGGAUGCUUUUAUUAUGUCUAAACACUUGUAAGCACCUGUGACCUGUGUUGUUGAUAAUUGUCCCAGCACACGCAAUUAAAGCCUAUAGCGUGUCUAGGGAACUUAAUUGGCAAAUGAACACCAUAUCACAGUCAUGUUAGUCAACUUGUGGAAGGGUAGGCCUGGCUCCUUCCACCUGCAAGGGGGGCCCGAGCCAGUGAGCCCAUCCCGCGGGGGACGCCACCCACUCUGUAACAAGGCUUAACGUCACUGUUAUUGUACUAUACUUCUUGAUGACAUCAUCAGUGUAACCAACUACAGAGCAUGUGUGAAAUAAAUGCAUCGGAGAGAAAAUGUAAUUUAUUAUGACGUUAAUUUCAGUGGUCUGUAUAAUUGAUGUGGAUGGUGCCCUGCCAUAACUUCCUCAGGUCUUUGUCCCAGAAGCGUAAUCAAUUUUCCUUUUACAGGUACAUCCCAAAAAAAAAGUAUUAUUGCGAAAAAACUCUUUUUU